CGCGCCGCGCUCUGCACAAGUACAACAUAGGAUGAAGUGACCGCGAGCGAAACACCCCACGUCUGCCCCACUCAAAGAUGGCGGCUAACCACACUUCCUGCCCGACCCCGCUAGAGUCACCGGAAGUGACCCGCCGGGCAGCCGAAGCAUCAACUCCAAGAACGGAAAUACCCGAAUCCAGCCGAAGGAGGCCGAACCCCAAACUCCAUCCCUGAGCAACGCGAGUUUGCCGCGGCUGCGCAGGCGCACAACGCAGGCCGGGCGGGAAGACCCAAAGCGGACAGGCGGCGGAAAUAUCCGAAGCGGCGGGGCGCCCGAGGCCGUUACCGACCUCCGCGCUAAAGCCGCUGCUGCCGCGGAAACCGAUCCUUCAGUACUCAGCCCCCGUCACCGCGGCUGCCCCGUCCUCCUCCCACCCCGAGCCGCAGCUCCCUCGCGGACGGAUCAGCUGAGCGGCCAAACGGCGCGGCCGGGGGAAACCAGAGUCCGCAGCUGCGGCGGGGCCUGAGACCAGAGCGGGCGAGGGCAAGGAAGGAGCAGCCGGGGGCGAUAGGGGCGGGGCCGGGCGGCCCGAGAACACCCGAGUUUGGCCGAGCGCUGCCGUUCGAGCCCGAGACUCCAAGCCAGGCCAGAGCCGGACUACGGGAGCCGAGUCGGGCCGCGCGGUGGGCGCGGAGCAGAGCAGAGCGGCGCGGCAGGCCGGGCGGGUGGCGAGAGCCGCGGAGGCCGCAGCGGCGGGUCCGAGGAGCAGAGGCGACGCGGGCGGCGGCGGGAGGCCGGGUGGCCGGGGUCCCGGGCCCCGCGGCGGCGGCAGCGGCGGCGGCGGCGGCAGGAUGAUCAAGCUGUUCUCGCUGAAGCAGCAGAAGAAGGAGGAGGAGUCGGCAGGCGGCACCAAGGGCAGCAGCAAGAAGGCGUCGGCGGCGCAGCUGCGGAUCCAGAAGGACAUAAACGAGCUGAACCUGCCCAAGACGUGUGAUAUCAGCUUCUCAGAUCCAGACGACCUCCUCAACUUCAAGCUGGUCAUCUGUCCUGAUGAGGGCUUCUACAAGAGUGGGAAGUUUGUGUUCAGUUUUAAGGUGGGCCAGGGUUAUCCGCAUGAUCCCCCCAAGGUGAAGUGUGAGACAAUGGUCUAUCAUCCCAACAUUGACCUCGAGGGCAACGUCUGCCUCAACAUCCUCAGAGAGGACUGGAAGCCAGUCCUUACGAUAAACUCCAUAAUUUAUGGCCUGCAGUAUCUCUUCUUGGAGCCCAACCCCGAGGACCCACUGAACAAGGAGGCCGCAGAGGUCCUGCAGAACAACCGGCGGCUGUUUGAGCAGAACGUGCAGCGUUCCAUGCGGGGUGGCUACAUCGGCUCCACCUACUUCGAGCGCUGCCUGAAAUAGGGUUGGCGCACACCCACCCCCGCCACGGCCACAAGCCGUGGCGUCCCCUGCAAAUAUUUAUUGGGGGCCACCGGCAGGGGGUUGGGGGGCAGCCGGUGGGGGAAUUCCCUGCCUUGGCCUUGCCUCCCCUUCCUGCUACCUGCCCCUAGUUUGUUUUUUUUUUUUAAACCACCAUGUGAUUAAGGUCGGUGUUGCCUCCCCCGACCCACUCAGCAAUGGGAAAUGAAUUGGCUUGUCUAGCCCCCUGCUGGGUGUUUGUUCAGCCCCCACUCUGGGCUGUGGAGUGGGUGGGCAAGGGGCCUGGGUAGCUGGGCCCAGGCAACCCACCCCUCCACCUCUGGAGGUCCCACCAGGCUAUUAAAGGGGAAUGUUACUGCA